CACCUCCACGUGGGAGACAGGCACUCCCACAGCCCAAGAAGGGCUCAGCCACCUGAGAUGGGCUGUGGAGCCUUGAUGUCACGGUGAUGGCCGCGCCCAGCUCCCCUUAGCCGGGGGGGACCCUCACCUGUACCCAACCUGCCACCGCCGGGGCGCGAACCUGGGGCCUUCCGCGGUCCCUCCCGCCGCCGCCGGGGCUCGAACCCGGGUCCCCCCGCCCCGGGGCGGAGCGGCCGCGCUAUAAGAGCCCGGGCGCUGCGGGGCCCCGCGCCCCUCCCGCUCUGUCCCCGCAGCAGCAGGUGAGUCCCCGGGGGGACCCCUCCAUCCCCCGUAUCCCCCCCGGGCUGUGCUGGGGACCAUCCCCGAACCUCCCCCUGUCCUUGCUGGGGGACCCUUGCACAGGGUCUCUUGGGGACUCCCAUGGCCCCUCCUGGGGAGCCCCAAUCCCAUUGCCGGGGCCCCCCCACAGUCUCCCCAGGGAGUCCCCUGUCCCCUCCCAGCUGCCUUGGGAUCCCCCAUCCCCAGCGCCCCCCCCAUCCUCCUCCCAGCUGCCCCUGCCCCAUCAGCCCUGAGUGGGGUGCAGGCAGGGGGGCUCCCCCCUUCCCCAAGCCCCUCCACACAGUGGGGUGUAGGGGGCUGCCUGGCCACAACCACCCCCCAUCCCUUCAGGUGGGGGCCCCAACCUGCAUCCUCGCACCUCUCAGGGGGCUGCAGCACCCACAGCGGGCAGCUCCCAGCCCUCUCAUCCCAGGACUGCGUGAGCCUGAGUCGUCACCCACUGCCGCUUUCCAUGGACAGGCAGAACCGGGGAGCAGCCGCCCGAAACACCGUCAAUGCGUGGGACGCCUUCAGGGAAGCCUGAAGACCCCCGAGCACCCACAUCAUGGUCGGGUUCAAACCCCCCGAGGUGCCCCCGACAGCCACCGUAAAGUUCCUCGGGGCCGGGCCGGCCGCCUGUGUGGCCGAUGUCAUCACCUUCCCCCUGGACGCCGCCAAAGUGCGGCUGCAGGUGAGCCAGGCUCCCUCACCCUCCUCACCCCCAGCGCCAGGAGGGGUCUGUGGUCACGUAAAUCCUCUGGCCCCCCCCCCCCUUUGCUCCCCGCGCAGGUUCAGGGGGAGGCGAAGCUCGUGGGUAAGGGGCCGGCGGCGCAGUACAAGGGGGUCUUUGGCACCAUCGCCACCACGGUGAGGACGGAGGGACCCCGCAGCCUGUACAGCGGGCUGGCGGCCGGGCUGCAGCGGCAGAUGAGCUUCGCCUCCAUCCGCAGCGGGCUGUACGACUCGGCGAAGCAAUUCUACGCCAAAGGGUCGGAGCGUGCCGGGCUGGGGAGCUGGCAGGGGCCAUGGCGGUGGCCUUCGCCCAGCCCACGGAGGUGGUGAAGGUGCAUUUCCAAGCAGGCAGGGAAGGCGGCCGGCGCUACCAGGGCACCAUCGAUGCCUACAGGACCAUUACCA